GACCACAAAUAAUCCGUAUAUUCAUCCUAAUCACAACUUAAGCUCCAUUAAACGUAAAACAGUUACACACAACAACAACAACAAAAAAGUAAGAAAAGAAACGAAAAAAAUCCUAAACAUUUCUUCUUAGGUCAAAGUUAACUUCCUCUUAAUCACGCAAUUAAUCAUAAAACCAUGUCACGUGACUCUCCUCCCGCAUUUGAUCCAUACAAACACCUCAACAUAACAAUCAACCCCAACGGCUCUUGCACGCGCCAUUUCGUUUGGCCGAGGGUUGAACCCGACCCGGAUCCAUGCCCCGGCAAGCUCGCCGCUUCCAAAGACGUAACCAUUAACCACGAAACCGGCGUGUCCGUACGUAUUUUCCGACCAACUAAUCUACCAUCCAAUGAUAACGCCGUGGCUCGUCUCCCAAUCAUCAUCCAUCUCCACGGCUCCGGUUGGAUCCUUUACCCGGCCAAUUCUGCCGCAAAUGACCGUUGUUGCUCUCAAAUGGCCAGUGAGUUAACAGUGAUUGUUGUCUCCGUACACUAUCGUUUGCCUCCGGAGCAUAGACUCCCAGCUCAAUACGACGACGCAUUAGAUGCUCUGCUUUGGGUCAAACAACAAGUCGUUGACUCAACCAACGGCGAGCCGUGGCUUAAGGACUACGCCGAUUUCUCACGGUGUUACAUAUGCGGUUCGAGUAACGGCGCUAACAUCGCUUUCCAAUUGGCACUGAGAUCGUUAGACCACGAUUUAACGCCGUUACAAAUCGACGGUUGCGUGUUUUACCAACCGCUUUUUGGCGGUAAAACGAGGACAAAAUCGGAGCUUAAGAAUUUCGCCGACCCGGUAAUGCCGGUUCCUGCGGUUGACGCCAUGUGGGAACUAUCUUUGCCGGUAGGUGUUGAUCGGGAUCAUAGGUACUGUAAUCCAUUGGGUUACUUGCCGCAAAAGGAGAAAGUUGGACGGCUUGGACGGUGUUUGGUGAUCGGUUACGGCGGAGACACGUCGUUGGAUCGACAACAAGAUUUCGUGAAUUUGUUGGUUGCAGCUGGAGUUAGGGUUGAAGCAAGGUUUGACGACGCCGGUUUCCAUAGCAUCGAGCUGGUCGAUCCACGACGAGCCGUCGCUCUUCUUAAUAUGAUUAGAGAUUUUAUAAGUUGAUUAUUCUUUUCAAGUUUUCAUCUAAGCAUUCUAUAACCGUUAAUUUUCUCAUUUUCUAUUUUGUAUACAUAUGACAUUUUACAUUGAACGUUGUUACAUAGCACAAAUGUUACUUCUUUUGUGUUUUUUGAUAAAAUGUUAACAUUGUU